GAAGGGGGAGGGGGAGGGAGACUGUUCCAGAAGGACCGGGCAACCUCUGACUAGACUGGUUCUCUGAUGUUGGGCCUGGCAGCUUUCGCAGUGUCUGGACGUUUCAAUUCGAUCCCAAAUAACAUCCGGAAGGGAACACAAGGUGCUGGAGCGAACUGCGGGCCAGGCAGCAUCUGUGGAGGGAAUGGGCAGGCGGCCCUUCUCCAGACUGAUGAAGUGGAGGGAGAUAUCUGGAGAAGAAACAUUGGUGUGGGACAAGGCCUAACAAAAUGACAGGACACACACAAAAUGCUGGAGUAAAGCCGAACGCAAAUUGGAGGAACAGCACCUCAUAUUUCGCUUGGGCAGCUUAAAACCCAUUCCCUGUCUCCCACCCCCCAUCCUAGCCGUCCUACUAGUUUCACUGUCCUGCUUAGUUUCACUCGUUAGUUUCAUUCAUUCUCGCCUCCAUAGGGAGGUUUCACGGCAGUCGGGUCACGACCCAUGACCCGUACUGUUGCUACGCUACUCCAAAUGGAUUACACGCGAUGAACUGCAGGCGCCAAGGAAAAUCUCCAGUGCUUACUAUGCAGUAUCAAAGCAUUCAAUGUAUUCUUUUUUAACAUAAAGCAUUUGACCCAUUUAAAACACAAAUGGCGAGCAUUACGCAAGUGUUUGGAGACCUUUGCGAAGCCCACAUGACGGGCUUGUCAUGGAAAUGUUACUUGGGGAAAAGGCGGCUGAACCGAACACAAUUCAAGGAAAAAUUAAAACGAGUAGCUUACAAUACACUAUUUAUAAAUCUCUUUCGCGAUGAAGCAACAUCAAAGUCUCACUCUGAUGUCAGUAAGUUGCCUGUGAAAAACAAAAUCUUGAUGUUGUCUUUCAAUUUGAGGGUGGCUGGGAUGGGUAUGGAAGCUGAUAACUUGGAGGAUCUUACAGAAAAAAUAGAAAAAUCCACAUGCAUGCCGCAGACUGAUCUGAACUCUGUUCUGGAACUUCUAAUUGAGCUUGCAGGGACUGGAACUUAUCAACCUCUACCACAGAAAAGAGAUUAUUUCUUGAACAAUAAAUAUGUUGGAAGAAAUGUAAAAUUUCAGGGCUACGACCACUACGAUGCAAGUCUAUUUGAAUCGGGGCUGUUGUCCUUUAUUUCCACUGAAGAUUUGCAAUUUCAUGACGAUGUACAACGUACCCUUCAGAUAAUGGAUGCAAAACCUGGAACUGGAUUACCCGGUAUUGGACUGUUCUCCCAUAAUUACUUAGCUGGUGAUAAAUAUGAGAAGGAAACGCGAGUAUCGCUCUUUGGUGCAUUGGUACAUAGUCGUACUUGUGAGAUGGAAAUUAAGUUGGAUUUGCCUGCAGUGCCAGACAACGUGGAUAUGACUGGACUUAAAAUUAGGGUUCCUCAAAAUAUUGACCAGUCAGAAGAUGAAGGAUUUCAGUCUGCAUCCAAUCUUACUCCAGAUUCACAGUCAGAACCCAGCUCAUCUCCUGAUAUUGAUCUCUGGAAUGCAGUGCUUUCUUAUGAACCUAGCAAGUAUCGAUGUUGGGAAUUAAUUGGCUGUCCUCCAGGAAAAAAAGAGAAACCAUAUCUAACUGAAGCAGGUCGAGAAGCUUUUGACAAACUCCACCAGUUGCGUGUAGGCCAACUGCAGCUCAUCAGUGGUACACUGUUGCAACCAACACCGGUUAUACUCCUAAAAGAAUCUGAACUAGUCAAAUAUGUCCUGAACGUCCUAAUUGGGGUAGCAUCAAUGACCUUCUUGCUGAAUGAGUCUCUCCAGGCAUUUGUCGUCAAGCAAGGAGUGUACAUUUCAGGAACUUCCCCGGAGAGCAUGUAUAACCUCCUUUCCGAACUGGCAGAAAAUGGAACAUAUUACACCCGUCUUAGUCACUUCUCUCUGCAGCCUAUACUUGACUCCACAUAUAAAAAAGGACUUGUUUUCCAGGCUUUUACAAGUGGCUUAAGGAAAUACCUGCAAUAUUAUAGAGCUUGUGUGUUGUCAACUCCUUCCACAUUGAGUCUUUUACCAAUCGUCUUUCUGUUCAGGAAACUGGGACGGCAACUAAGAUAUUUAUCUGAAUUAUGUGGGAUUGGAUCAGGGGUAUUGGGAAUAAAUCGAGGAAGUUCAUCACCAUUCCCCACUGGAGUAAAACUGUUGUCCUAUUUGUACAAGGAAGCUCUGAACAAUUGCAGCAAUGAACACUAUCCAGUGUUACUCUCUCUGUUGAAAAGCAGCUGUGAACCAUAUACACGGUUUGUCUAUGAUUGGGUUUACAGUGGUAUUUGUAGAGAUGCUUAUGGAGAAUUCAUGAUACAGGUGAAUGAAGACUACCUCAAUUUCAGAGAUAAACACUACUGGACCCAUGGAUAUGUUCUCGCUUCCAAAGAAGUUGAAGAGAGUGUCCCCCUUUUCCUUGCUCAUGUGGCUUAUGAUAUCUACAUUUGUGGAAAGACUAUUAAUCUGCUGAAAUUGUGCUGCCCAACGCAUUACAUCUGCUGGUCUGACAUUCCUGUCCCCCGCAUCUCUGUCACCUUUUCCCUGGAAGAGUUGGAGGAAAUAGAAAGAGAUUCUACUGUUUAUGUCAGUCGAAUGGAGAGGAUAGCUCGUUUCAAUUCCAUCAGCAGAGAGGCAAAGAAUCUGGAAAAGGUGAUUGCUCAACAGGAGUUGAUUAUCCAAGCUCAACGGACAGCUACAAGAGCCAUGGCUACAUUUAGAAGUAAUCGGUUAGCUGAAAGGAAGGCGUUUGAAGUAAGGAAACAGGAGCGAUUUCUAGAACUAAAGAAACAAUUUGAAAAAUACAUAGAGCGACGAAAUGCAAUCAAACAACAAGAAACUGAAAAAGAUUUAAUGGAGGUUCAAACACUUAGAGAGCUUGACGAAAGGCAUAAAACACAAGAGGAAGAAUUGGAGAAAAGGGCAAGACAGCAAUUGAUUGAGCAUUAUAGCAACUUAUCGGAGGAAGCAGCAAAGCGAGAACAGAAAGCCUUGUGGAAAAUUCAAAGGCACAAGUUAGAAUCUGCACGCAUUGACUUUCUUCUUAAUGAUAAAAAAAAACUUCAGGCUAUGCUGGAUAAGUUGCCACUGGGAGAGCAAAGAGAAACAUCGGAUGUUGUUCCUGGAUUGGACCUGCAGCAUCAUGAACCAUUGACUAAAGGUUUUGAUUCUCAACAGUUGAGCAUUGAGGUAACAUCAAAUGAAAAUAGAAUAUUCAGUCCAAAAGAGUACGUACUUGCACCAGUGAAUAAAGAGUCUCCAAUUGCUGUUGUACCAACUGAAUUACAUCCAUUUCAUGAGGAGUCCGAACAGUUUAUUCAAAAUGAUAUGGUGGAACCUGGGCUUGAAACAUCACCGUAUGAUGGAGUGCCUCAAACCUCUAAUCCAAGCCAGAAGGAAGUAUGUUUGCUUGAUAUAACAUUUGAGGAUUUUCUCCCAGAGCAAUUAGAACCUGUUGCUGCCAUUGAAGCAGUUAAACAAACCACAAUACUGGAGGAGGCUCUGAAGGAAAUAGGGUCGGAGCUAUCAAACAAGAACAAAAACACGGCCUUUGACAAAGAUGAAUAUGAUUUCAGUAUUCCUUCAACAGCAUCUGGGGGUGCUCAGGAUAAAGCAUCAGAAGGCAAAUACUUUUCACAAAUGGAUUAUCUGGAACACGCACUCUCUGAUCCAUAUAUUAAAGUUGUAGUGUCAGAUAGUAAGUCUUCAGGGCCACAUGCAAAUAUAUAUGGCCAUGUGUCUGAUUCAAAUCUAAAUAUAGGUGGGUAUACAUCCAACGUUGAACUUGCUGGGCCACGGUGGAAUAUUCAUGGACAUGCUUCACAAUCUAACAUAAAGGUUGGUGAUUAUCUUUCUAACGUUGAGCCUUCUAGACCACGAUGGAAUAUUCAUGGACAUGUAUCACAAGCCAGCAUACACGUUGGUGAAUAUGUUUCAGAUGUAGAGCAAUCUUGGCCAAAACCAAACAUUCAUGGACAUCCAUCACAGACCAAUUUACAAAUUGGUGAUGAUGUUUCCAGUGUGGAAUCAUGUAGAUCAAGAUGGAACAUCCAUGGACAUGUGCCACCAGCCAAUGCUACACUUGGUAAAAAUGGAUCCAGUACAGAACCAUGUGGGCCACAGUUGAAAUUUCCUGGUAAAUCAUUACCCACAUUGCCUAAAAUAGAUGCAGAAUCUCCUUCACUUGAUUGGAUAUCUUUGGGGCAUCCUUCUCAAUCAAAUAUCAGAAUAGGUGAAUGGUCACCAUAUGUGGAAGCAAAUCUGAUCCCAAGGCUGAAAUCAGCUGCUGGUCAUUCAUCUGAUUCCACCAUUCAAGACAUAAUAUACAAUAAACAAUCACCAUCAGAAAUAGUGGUGCCUAAUGAUGAAAAUCUGAAUGCUGAAACUGUACGUCCCCCCAUUUCGAAAGAAGAAAUGCACAUCGCUGAAGAAUCCAAAUUGAUUACAGAUCUUCCAAGUCCAGAAUCUGAGCUAAAUGGAAAUGAAAACAAAAGUCAGGGUGAAUCACAAGAUAACUAUGAAAAAGAUGCCAUUAAUGAACAUCCACAAAAAGCAGCAUCCACUCCCACUCUUCAAACCACAGGUUUUCAAGAUGAGAAGAAAGAUCCUUUUGAACCACAAAAGGAUUGUUUUCAAGAUAGAAAUGCACAUGCCGAUCAAUCAGAAGAUCUAAAGCAUGCAGCUACUGACCUUUUGAUUGCGCAAGUGGGUCCUACGCAAGAAAAUGCGGUUGAACUUUCUUUAUGGGACAAGGAAGAGGCCUACCUUAAAAGCCUGGCAGACCAAUACUGUGUAGAACACUACCAGGACAACUAUGAACUGAUGUCUGAGCCUCCCAUCUCGCAUCUGCUUCAGAAUAUAGUAACGGAGCCCUGUUUACCACCCUUGGAUCCUUCUGUUCGUAGAGCAACAGAUGCAACAGCAGUACAAGCAAGCAGUCUAGUCUCACUUCCAGUACUGAUGAAACACUCCAUAACGGCACCUCUUAUAGCUCAUGCUUCUCUGGUAAAUAAAGCCAUAAUUGAUUAUUUAUUUGUGGAACUGAACAUUGAACAGAACUUUGAAGCGUUAAGACAUUUCCUUUUGAUGGAAGAUGGAGAGUUUGCUCAAUCACUUAGUGAUCUGCUCUUUGAAAAGCUUGGAUCCGGACAGACACCAGGAGAACUUUUGAAUCCUUUAGUUCUCAAUUCAAUUUUGAACAAAGCUUUGCAGUAUAGCCUUCAUGGAGACUCUAAGAUGGCUUCUAAUUUGACUUUUGCCCUGAAAUAUCUGCCAGAAAUAUUCAAACCGAAUGCACCCGAUGCCUUGAACUGCUUGGAACUAAGAUACAAGGUGAAUUGGCCUCUGAACAUUGUAAUCACGGAAAGCUGUAUGAACAAGUACAACAAGAUAUUUUCUUUCCUGCUGCAGCUAAAGCAUAUGGUCUGGACAUUAAAGGAUGUUUGGUUUCAUUUAAAACGUACUGCUUUAGUUAACCGUUCUUCAAAUUCGGUCCAGUUGCACCAGCUUCAACUCUAUCGACAUGAAAUGCAGCAUUUUGUCAAAGUCAUUCAAGGUUACAUUGCUAAUCAAAUUUUGCACGUUACUUGGUGUGAAUUCGGACACAAGUUGUCAUCAGUUGGAAAUCUGGAUGAACUCCACAGAACACACGCAGAAUACCUCAACAAAGGCAUUUUCAGAGGGUUAUUGACUGAGAAAGCUGCUCCAGUGAUGAAGAUCAUUCACAAUAUUUUUAGCUUGAUUCUGAAAUUCCGCAGUCAAUUGAUCUCUCAAGCCUGGCAACAUGAUGCUGAUGAUCAAAUGGCAAUACAUCCUAACUUUGUUAUGAUGCAGCAGUCCUACAAAUCAUUCAAACAUUAUUCACACUUCCUAUUUAAAGUGGUCACCAAACUUGUCAAUCGAGGCUAUCAGCCACACCUUGAGGACUUCCUGCUGAGAAUUAACUUCAAUAAUUAUUAUCUAGAUGUUUAACUUUUAUGAUGUCUUAUUGAAAAUGGUAUCUAAAUUACAUCAUAUAAAUAUUUAAUUUUUAAACAUAAUGCUAAGUAUUUGUCCAUGUACAUAUUUGUAUAUCUGUGAUAUAUCAACAUCAGUGUUGUGGAACAUUUUAUGCCACAGUUACACAAAUAUAAAGAGAUUUGUGAUGACACAGGUCAGCAUUUAUAACUUAUUAUGCAGGGGGAUUAGCAUGACAUUCAAAGUUACUAUUCUGCCAUAUUUAUAAUUAAAACAAUGUUUUUAAAGCUGUUUAUCUUGAUGCACGCUUAUUUUUAACUGUGUCUUACUGGAUUUUCUUUGAAUAAAAUAAUUGUAUCUCAA